CCAUAUAGUAAAUCUCAUGAAAAGCAAUCUAAACAUUCGUAGCAAAUGAAUGCAGAUCAAAGCCAACGUACAAAUGAUUCUAUUUGGGGCAGAAAACCUUCAGAUCCAAAUGAAAGAAUCAAAAAGACUUGCGCUUUGAAACAAAAUCGUGAUAAUGGUGAAAUUGAUAGCAUAGAUGAUCCGAGAGAUUAUUCGGGCAGAAAUUGCAAAAAUCCUGUUUGCCCUAUCAAUUACCAGGAUAUGUUCUUGUUGGAGCAAGAAUACAAACUUUUAAAACAAGAGAAAGAUAAUUUACAAAUGUUGAAAGAAGAGCUUGAGAAGACUCAUAUUAAUGACAUCAAAAUGAAGAGCAUCAAGAGUCAAUUGUUUAUGAUUAAAGUUUGGAACAUAGUUAAUGCAAUGGGAUUUCUCAUAAUAACUAGUUAUGUCAUCGGUUAUCUAGUGAUCAAAAUGUUUUUCAACUCAGAUAACAAUGUAAAUGGGAGUUUCAAUAAAUGUAGAGACAGUUCAUCACCUAACAGCUGUAAAGGUUCCUAUUGGUCUUGGUUUUGGUAA